AUGCCUACUUGUUUUGUUUGUAAACAAUGUCUUUUGAGUAUACCAUUAUUAUGUAAGCAUUUUACAAUAUGUCAUCCAGACUAUGAUUUUCUUGAAUAUACUUGUUCUGAAAAUGACUGCAAUAGAACUUUUCACCUUAUUAAUUCCUUUAAAAAACAUCUAGCCACUCAUAAAGAUUAUAACCCGUGUUCAAAAGUGAAAUCACCAAGAGUUACUUCUGGUGAUAAUUGUAGUUCUUCAGUUAACAACAACUGUAGCUCUAGUACACUUAAUGUAUGUAUUAAUAAUGGUAUAGAAACAUCCUACACACCUUUUGAAAAAGACCCUAGUGCCAAUAAUUGUUCUAUACAAGAAGAUUAUGUUAGUUCAUUUUUAUCAAAAUUAUAUGCAAAUCCUCUGGUUCCAAGAAAUGUUGUUCAAACCAUUGUAGAUGAUAUGUCACUAAUUUUUGAUGGUUUAGAUCAUACUUUAAGAAGUAGUGUAUCUAAAUUACUUAUGGAUGGUAAUAUUUCAAAUGAAUGUUUUGAUCAUUUUAACUCAAUUUUAGAAGUUGUAAAACAUCCGUUUAAUGAUUUAAAUACAGAAUACAAACGGUUUAAAUACUAUACUAAACUUGGUACUUACAUUCCACCUCAAGAGUAUGUUGUUGGAGAACAAUUAAAUGAAAACAGACAAAAUAAUAAUUUUGCUUUGGUUCCAGUUAAUUGCACCCAGCAAUUUAUCCCAAUAAGACACGUAUUUUAUAAUUUUUUUAAAAUGAAAAAUGUUUUAUCUGAAACUUUACUUUAUUUAAAUAAAUGUAAACUUUACAACUCAGCUUUAAUGAACUUUACACAGGGAAGUGUUUGGCGCAAAAAACAAAAAGACCACAAAUCCCAAAUAGUAUUGCCAAUUUUUCUCUUUUUUGAUGACUAUGAAGUUGGAAACCCUUUAGGUAGUCAUUCUGGAAUCCAUAAACUUGGUGCUGUGUAUGUUUCUAUCCCAUGUUUACCACCUCAUCGCCAAUCUUCUUUAAAUACUAUUUUUUUAACAUUAUUGUUUCAUUCGUCAGACCGGCAGAAAUUUGGCAAUAAUAUUAUUUUUAAACCUGUCAUUGAUGAGUUGAAUUUCUUAAGAGAGACUGGAAUUGAUAUUGAUACUGAUGAUUUCAAUGGAAAUAUUAAGUUUGAGUUGGGCCUCAUAAUAGGGGAUAAUUUAGGAAUCCAUAGCAUAACUGGGUUUGUUGAGAGUUUCUCAGCAACCCAUGUAUGUCGUAUGUGUAAGAUAGAGAAAAAAGAAAUGAAAAAGCAGUGUUAUGCUGAUGAAAAUCUAUUAAGAAAUUUAGAACAGUAUCACCUUGAUGUUAUUGAAGGUAAUGUUUCUGAUAGUGGUGUGAAAGAAGCUUGUGUAUGGCAUGAUGUCUUAGGUUUCAGUGUGUUAGAUCAAGUAGGCGUAGAUAUUAUGCAUGACUUAUUGGAAGGGGUCUGUAAAUAUGACUUAUCAUUUUUAUUACUAUACUAUAUACAAGAUUUAAAACUUUUUUCCUUACAAGUUUUAAAUGAAAGAUUGCUAUGUUUUGAUUAUGGCCCUGAUAAGGGCAGUAAACCUUGCAUUUUGCAUAUUGAACAUCUAAAAAAAAAUACUAUAAGACUUUCUGCAUCAGAAAUGAUGUCGCUUACACGAUAUUUAGGUUUAAUUAUUGGAGAUUUUGUUCCUAGAGAUGAAACAGUAUGGGAACUUUAUAUUUUAUUGAGGAAAAUUCUUGACUUACUCACAUCUCCUUUGUUACAAAAAGAAUGUUGUGUAUUAUUACAAACCCUUGUUGCUGAACAUCAUGAUUUAUACAUUAAAUUUAGCAAGUUUGAAUUAAAACCAAAGUAUCAUUAUAUGGUACAUUACCAUACAAUGAUGGAAAAAUUUGGUCCAUUAAUUUCCCUAUGGUCUAUGCGUUUUGAAGCGAAACAUAGAAUUUCUAAAAUUUCAGCAAAUACUUCUAGCAAUCGCCGUAAUAUAUGUAAAACCCUUGCUAUAAAACACCAAUUACAGUUAAAUAACAUAUUUAUUAAAGGAACUUUAAGCGAUGAAAUAAAAUUAGGUCCUUGUACUGAAAUUACUGAUGACAUUGAUAGACAGGCUAUUAGAAAUUUUAUUCAAAAAAAUUCACUUGAUUCAAUAAUAAAUUGCCCAUGGAUAUCAGUUAAAGGUACACGAUACACUCCUAAAAUGAUUCUUACUUUAGAUAUAUGUGAAUUAGAUGGUCCACAUUUUUGUUGUUAA